CAGAAAUUGAUGACGUAGUACGCUUAAGGAAAUCCAGAAACAUGGCCGAGUUCAGGGUGACAACAGAUCGAGAUGGUUCGCGAUCUUUUAACGACCAUGAUGACAGAUGGACCCGCGGAGGUGGAUCUGGGAGGUAUCGCGGGCGAGGUGGAAACUUUAACAGGAGGCCAAGACGAGGUGGUGGAUAUGGUUACGGAGGGUCAAGUUAUAACCGGGGUCGUGGAGGUUACAGUGGGGGUCGUGGACGUGGAGGGGACAGAGAUGGACCAGGGCCGCGAAGCCGGCUGGAUGAUGAUGGAGAUGAAACAAUGGGCAACAGUGAGACCAAGGACAUUGCCAGAUACAAUCCAUAUGGAAGAUCAUCUAGAGGCAACUUCAGAGGCAAUAGCAAAUACAGAAGUGACAACAGAAAUAGGCCUACACAAAUAGGUGGCGAUGCGGGCAUAUUCAAGAGACUGGGGUUGCCACUAGAUAGGAAAACGAUGGGUGAUUCGGAUUGGUACAAAGUCACAAUUCCUUGGGGAAAGAAAACUGAGAAGGAUUUUAUUCUCAAGAGCAUCAAUGAUCAUAUAGAUGUGCCGUUUGUUCCAACAUAUUUUCACUAUGAGGAUAAGAAUGCAGUGUUCUACGUGAAUGACAGCCGGGCUGCAGAGGGAUUAAAGUCAACUACAAAGAGAGUCACUAUGCCAAAUGGCUACAAGAUGACAAUUUUAGUCAAGCCCAGUCAACCACCUAACAUUCCGAUGGGAAAAGAAGAGAUUGAUAAACUGAAGGUGUGUAUGAGUAACCGCUACGACCCGGCCACAAAGGCGUUAAACCUGAGUUGUCUCCAUACGGACCAAGAGUUGGCACAGAGCAACCUGUUCAUGUGCCUUGCCCGACCACAGGUCAUGUCCAAUGUGGUGAAAGUCAUCAAAGAAAACAUUCCCGAGUUGGUACAGCUAGAUGUGAGCAACAACAAGCUCCAGAGUCUGGAGCACCUGGGCGGUCUUGUCCCUAGCACGCCCGACAUGAAAGUGCUUAACCUGGCUAACAACAAGAUAAACAUGUUGGAGGAGUUACGUAAAGUACAGAAGUGGAAGAUAGACUGGUUGACUCUGGACGGCAAUCCUCUCUGUGAUAAGUUCAAUGAUCACACUGCGUAUGUCAGUGGUGUUAGGCGACUAUUUCCUAAAGUUUUAAAAUUGGACACAACUGAUCUUCCCCCACCCAUCACGUUUGACAUUGAAGCAAGAACGGACCUGCCCAAGUCUAAGGACAGUUACUUUCCAAAUGACACAGUCAAAAAUGGUGUAGUGAAGUUCCUAAAAGAUUAUUUCCUGGUCUACGACUCUGAUGAUCGAACAGGAUUGGCGGGAGCGUACCAUGAGACAGCCAUGUUUUCACUGUCCACAUCUUAUAACCCAACUGUUCAAAACAAACAGACGUCAUUGUCAACCUAUAUUGAUGAAACAAGGAAUUUGCUCAGAGUCUACAAAGAUACAUCACGGAAAUUCAAGACAUUAAAGAACGGCAACAAGAUUGUGGCUCAGCUCUGCCUGUUACCAAAGACACAACAUGAUCCAAACUCCUUCGUCGUAGACUGCAACUUCGCAACGGCUCAGAUGAUCAGUUUCAACAUACAGGGAGUUUUUAAAGAAGUGGACAAGAAGUCUGACAAGCCGCCGAUGAGAGCCUUCAGCAGAACAUUUGUAACAGUUGCUAGUGGAAGCGGCAUGGUUAUAGUCAAUGAUGUCUUGACAGUGACCAACGCAUCUCCGGACCAAAUUCAGACUGCCUUCAAGAACCCGGCCCCCACCCCCUCCUCUAGCCCCAUACCCCAGACAUCGCCCACAGAACCAUUUGCAGCCGCAGGGCUCACCGAGAUACAGACACAGAUGGUUGCCAGCUUCAUGAAUGACUCCAGAAUGAACUCUGAGUGGUCGGCAAAAUGUUUGGUACAGAACAACUGGGAGUACGCGAAAGCUGGUCAGAACUUCCUAGAGCUCCAGCAAAAGGGCCUUAUACCACCAGAAGCAUUCAAAACGUAAUCCUGGAUGGAAUCUAUUUGAUUGACUUCAAACGUACAUGCAGCAUACUGGAUAGCUCUCUUAGUGACUGUUCAUAUUCAUCAGAGGGGACAGAUCUUUGAAGUUUAUGAAUACAAGAUGGAAAAAAUAGCUGAAUAAAUGUCAAAUCAUCACUGUGCACACACAUUUUUAAAACUGACAGCAUUACUGUUACAUGUGUUUGGUUAGUGAAAGGUGCUGAAAUUUCGUGAAAUUCCCAAGAGGAUCUGUAAAGAGCAGAAGUAGCUGCAUUGUCUCCAGUGAGAUCAGUAUAUUGUAUCAAAGAGCUGUUGGAAAAUCAUUAUGCUAUAUUUGAUAAUCAGCUGGUUUCCAGUGAGAACAGUACAUAGUGUCAAAGAGCAGUAGGAAAAUCAUUUUGCUAUAUUUGAUAAUCAACUGGUUUCCAGUGAAAACGGUACAGAGUGUCAAAGAACAGUGGAAAAAAAGCUUUAUAUUAUAAUGUCUUUGAUGUCGUGAUAUUACUGUGUUUAAUUGGUUAACUAAUAUCUCAUGAAUUGCUGACAAAUAUUGUACUUGUAUCAGUUCUGGUCAUGUUAAGAUGUACUGAAAUAUGUCUCCUGUUUUAUGUAAAUAUGUCUCCUGUUUUAUGUCGAUGUCAAUGUUUGUUUGUUAAAUGUCGAGGGGCAUAGAUGAUGCAUGUUUUAUUUAACUUUUUUACAUGUGUUAUGUAUGAGAAUUUUAAUUGUAAAUUUAAUUGUAAAUAUUGUAAAUAUCUCAUGAUCGAAAUAGACAAAAUAAUGAUAGUAGUAAUGAUGACUUUUAUCUCUGUCAAUUUGUCAAGUUAGUCAAGUAAGCCAGGAGAAAUCAUGUGUUUUAAUUGAUAUGUUUUGUUUAAACUGAUGAGGUCAACAAUAAAACUUGAAUUA